AUGAACACGUCCGAAUACGAAACGAUAGCGGAACCCUUCACCUACUUGCAAGACGUUAAUUUUGCUGAAUGCCCAAAUGAGAAUGAAAAUUAUAUAAAUGACACCAACACCUCUAAUUAUGAACCAUUUUCUAAUGACAAUACUAUUACCGACUUCAUGACGAAUUUUGAAACUGAAAAUUUGUCAUUGAAAAAGGUCGAUCCGCAGCAAGUACUUGAGACCUUGAACUUGAACAGACUCCUUCAAGCAGAAUUAGACAGAGUCAGGGAAGGGAUUGAUGCUGCGAUCCAAAGAAAUACUGCACUUCAAACACGUCUUAGUCAGUUGAGACAGGAGGAGACUUUUAUUUCGGAGAAAACUAAUCUAACCUCAUCGGUUUCACAAAGAACGUUUGGGCCGCCAUUUUUUGUUGACGCAGAUGGAAACACUCCACCUGAGAAUGAUGAUGAGACCAACGAUCAACCACUGGUUUUUAAGAGCACAAGAUGGACUCAAUAUGAAAAAGAAGCGCUUCGAAAAGGAAUUCAAGAGCACAACAUGAAACGAGAGGCUUUGAGAGCUAUCAAGGAAGGUCGUUCGAUAUCAUCUGUGGAGAAAAUGUCAAAGGAUCAAUUUCUGUAUAGUGUCGAAGAUGUAGAAUGGUCACAAUUGGCAAAGCAAUACGUGCCGACCAAAACAAAGGAGGACUGCAUUAUUCAAUGGACAAACCACAGUCAUCCUUGCAUAAAUAAUAAUGAGUGGACUACACAGGAGACUAGAAAAUUGCUUGAAGUCGCGAAACAAAACGAUUUUAGAAACUGGGUGAAAAUCGCACUAGAAUUGGGCACAAAUAGAACUGCUGCUGAAUGCUUUAAACAAUACAAUAGACAAUCAUCCAAUCCUCGAAAAUGGUCUAAAGAGGAAGACGAAAUAUUAAUUCGAGCUGUUGAUCUAUACGGUGAAAAAAAUUGGCAACAAGUUGCACAUUGUCUCGACAACAGGACGGGGCAACAAUGCUUGCAUCGAUGGACGAAGACGCUAAAUCCGGCGAUCCGGCGUGGACGCUGGAAAAAAGAAGACGAUGAAGCGCUCAAAAACGCUGUUUCUAUUUACGGUCCCGGAAAUUGGGUCAAGAUACAGCGGUAUGUACUAGGUAGAACAGAUGUUCAAUGUCGCGAGAGAUGGAUGAACGUAUUAAGUCCAGAAAUAAAGAAGGACCCAUGGAGUAAUGAGGAGGAUGAGAAAUUAAUGAGUUUGGUACAGAGUAUAGGAUUGGGAAAAUGGUCGAAGAUUUCCUCGUUCAUGGACGGACGAACAGACAAUCAAUGUUGGCGUCGAUACAAGGUAUUGAAAAAACAAGCCGGAAAGAAGGUCGAGAAAACUCCAGAUGCAGACAGCCACAGCGACUGUCAACCAUCUAUUCAAUCCCAAGAUGUUACUGAAACCACGCCGUUAAACGGGAAUGUCCUGACAAAUGUUACUGCUAAUACCGAACCAACGGACGUCGAUAGUAUUAUUGAAGUUGUAUCAUCAAAUAAUGUCAUUGGUACAUGA